GUCUCCUGUCUUUCAGUCUGCAACUCAAAUGCUUUCUGUGCGUCAUUCUGAACUAAUGUCGAUGCCGGAUCAUUCAAGAAACUUCCAGGUCCUUCCUUCCCAGAAUAAUCUGGAAUCACCCGAACCACCGCUCGAAGAAACUUACAAAGCUCUGAUAAAUUCGAAAUCGAUCAGUGUCGAGGACAUGGCGAUAGAGAGUGCGGAAGAGUGUGAGCUUCCACUGAUUGAUCUUAGCAUGCUAAAACUCGGAGGAUCCGAAAGCGAAGAAUGCAAGGCACAGAUAGCCAGGGCUUCACAAGAAUGGGGUUUCUUUCAGGUAAUUAAUCACGGAAUUUCAAAUGAAAUCCUGGAGAACAUGAGGCGCGAGCAAGUUGAUAUUUUCAAGAAGCCGUUUCAUGAGAAGGAAAAUAUGUGUUUUCCUGCCGGAACUUACCGAUGGGGAUCUCUUUCAGCUACUUGCCUCCGGCAGUUGUCGUGGUCGGAAGCUUUUCAUGUUCCUAUGAAUAAUGUUUCAGGCGUAAGUGAUAAUACUGGCCUCAGCCCAACAAUGAAACGCUUUGCCACUACAGUUUCACAUUUAGCACAAAAGCUAGCAGAGAUCUUGGCUGAGAAGAUGGGACAAGAAUCAACUUACUUCAAAGAAAAUUGUGUUCCCAGCAGUUGCUAUCUUCGAAUGAACCGAUAUCCUCCAUGCCCAGUUCCUGAGAUUCCAGGAUUGAUGCCACACACUGACAGUGAUUUUCUCACAAUAGUGCAUCAGGAUCAAAUUGGAGGACUACAAUUAGUAAAGGAUGGAAAAUGGUUUGCUGCUAAGCCUAAUCCAGAUGCUCUGAUUAUCAAUAUCGGAGAUCUUUUUCAGGCCUGGAGCAAUAAUGUUUAUAAGAGUGUUGAACAUAGGGUUGUGACAAAUAAGCAAGCAGAGAGGUUUUCAACAGCUUAUUUUCUAUGUCCAUCUUACGAAACCAAGAUACAGAGCUGCAUGGAGCCUUCAGUGUACAAGCAGUUCAGCUUCAGGGAAUUUAGACAACAAGUUCAACAGGAUGUAAUGAAUUUGGGUUAUAAAAUUGGACUUCCAAGGUUCGUAAUAUAAUACAGCACAAUAUAACAACCACAGGGAAUAAGGAUCGUAUCAUAUCCAACUUUAAAGUAUCAAGAACUGUGAAACUUUUGUUGAUAUUGCCGGAUUUAAUUUUCAGUCGGUGCAUGUAAACGUAUUAUGAAACUAUUUUUAUUUUCAUAUAAAGAUGGUGAACCAUUUUCGUUGCGGUUCAAUCUAGACUGUACUUACUACCAAAUAGAUGAAAAGAAUUCAAGGAGUAUUUUUCAAAA